AUUAGAGUUGGAGUGGGAGUUUUUUUAGUUACAGAAAGAAGACUCUAUAUUCUGACCGUGGAAUAUUCUGCCGACCAGUAUUUAUUAACCAGUUUGACACAGUUAUUCGCGUGUUUUAAUCGUGCUGCAAAACUAGAUUCAGGAUGGAAUUAAGAAUGAUUUUCACCGUCAUCCUUAUUCUGGUGUUGGUGAUUUUUCAUACAGCUGCAUCGUUGUCCAUCGGAGGGGUGACGGUAGCUGGUACAUCAAGCCCUGCGCGCCACAUCAGAUCGAAGCGCUGCUCUUGCGCAACUUUCCUCGACAAGGAGUGCGUCUAUUUCUGUCACCUUGAUAUCAUCUGGGUCAACACUCCAGAGCGCACCGUUUCCUAUGGACUGGGCAACGUCCCGAGGAAGAAGCGCUCAUUACGGGACUUCUCAGAUUCAGCGCAAAAAAACCGCUGCAAGUGUAAAAACGAGAAGGACUCCGCAUGCAUGACUUUCUGCGAUACAACACAAAACAGGUAUCAGACUGCUUCUGUCAAGGUGAUCCACGCCGCCGACGGCGAUGGCUGUGUCAAGAAGCAAUGCAAACACGAGCAGACUGCCAAAACGAGGAGGAUUAAACGUAGAGAGCAAAGGAGGAGGAACGAAGUGGACGAGGCUGCCCAGAGGGGCACCAGGAAUGCCCGUCUGCUGCUGGAGAAGUGGAGGAACAGGCAACACCAUCGUCAAAAAGCCUGGCUGACCAGGAACGCCGCUUCCUAAAGAAACACCUGAGAGCCACUACUGUUCACCUCUGCACCACGGUAGCAAGGGGGGUGGAGGCUCCCCUGGAGGUCUACCCGCCAGUGAGGAAGCCAGGAUGUGCCAGCUUCCUCUUGCUUGUGUUGGAAUACGCACCGGGGAAGCAAAAAAGCGGGCGUUUCAGGAGCGGGCAUUCUGUGAGGUCUCCAGAGAGCUGAAAGAUGGGCUGCGCUGCAUGCCAUUGUGGAGCCAACACUGCUGGGAUUGGCACACGUCCCCUGUGGAAACGGAGAGGAAAUGGCCGAGGGGUUCCGCUGACCCUGCCCGACACACACCUGUGGUGGUGUGGUGACCGUAACAGAGAGUUGGCUGGAGGGCCAGUGAGAAUCCCGCCUGCUGCUGUUUCAUUGGAACAAAAGCCAUCUCAGACCUCCCAAAGACUCUGUGCUACCAGUGGAAAAGAACAACGAAGAACAACAACUCCUCACUCAGUCUUUCACUGGACAGACAUUUUCAAUAACAACUCUCGCUCUCAAGACACUGCUGAAAUCAGGAGACUGAUUUUGUUUGUUUUGUUCAUUUAAAAGAAAUGAGCUGAUUUCAUCAGACAUAAAAAAAAAAGCUAGUGCCACAGAUGUCUUAACCAAACACUCUGAGUGACUCUUUCUCAGGGACCAUGCUGUCAUAUUGCGAAAAUUGGCCGGUUUCCCAAGGAGACAAAAACAAUAAAACAACAAGAGACGGCCACAGAAGGAAACUCUAAAGGAGAUGUAUUUGUCAUUUCAGACAUUCAAUUUAAGUUUUGUAUUUAUUCUAUAUUAUUUUAUCUAUUUUGCCCGAAUUCAACUUAAUUAUUUUGUCACCAUUCCCGACUUGUCCUCAUUCAUAAUUAUUUGUAGUAGUCAUGUUAAAUCAUGAAAUUAUACAUAUUGUUUUAGAAAAUCUUAAACAGUACUAUCCUAAGGGGAGUGGAUAGUUUAUCCAUGUCAAACAUGCAUGUACCGGACCACAUUGGCCAGUUACUCUUGAUGUACUUCAUUUCUGUGAAAUGUUUCACCCAAGUGCCAAGACUGGUAAAUAACUGUAGCUUUUAUCAAUUAAACUUGUUUAAACU